UACAAACAUGAAGAAAUUAAAGCUUAAAGAACUGGAAAGCUGUCUUCAACAAGUUGAUGCCUUUGAAAAUCCAAAACUACUCCUUGAACAGUAUCCAACAAGACCUCAUAUUGCAGCAUGUAUGCUUUAUACAAUUCACAAUACUUUUGAUGAUAUUGAAAACAAAACAAUUGCAGACUUAGGAUGUGGUUGUGGCAUGCUCAGCAUUGGAAGUGCAAUGUUAGGAGCAGGGUUUACUGUGGGGUUUGACAUCGAUGCAGAUGCACUAGAAAUAUUUAAUAGUAAUAUUGAAGACUUUGAGCUCACGAACAUCAACGUGGUUCAGUGUGAUGUCUGUUCUUUAUCUGACAUCAUGUCAGAGACUUUCGACACCGUUAUUAUGAACCCUCCGUUUGGUACCAAGCAUAAUAAAGGAAUUGAUAUGAUUUUUCUGAAAACUGCAUUACAGAUGGCAAAAACAGCUGUAUAUUCCCUUCACAAAACUUCAACACGGCAGCAUAUUCAAAAGAAAGCAGAUGAAUGGGAAGUGAAGAUGGAAGUCAUAGCAGAACUUAGAUAUGACCUACCAGCAUCAUACAAGUUCCAUAAGAAGAAAUCAGUUGACAUUGAAGUGGAUUUCAUUAGAUUUUCUGCCAAGAAACUCCUGAACUGAGGCAUGUCUUUAAAACCUAUUGAAAAUGGAACAAUAAAACAAUUUCUUUUUUUUUAACUU